UAUCCAAGUAUUUUGAUACAUCGCUAGUUGCGACAAGUUGGAGGAUCGAUUCCUCGAUGGAUAAUAAAGUUCCGGCUUGAUGUGUUUUGUAAGAAGUGAGGAAAACAUAAUAUAAAAAAAUGACAACAAAGAAGGCAUGGAAAUUGCAGGAGUUUGUAGCUCAUGGCGCCAACGUCAACUGCCUGGCGCUUGGACCGAAGAGCGGGCGAGUGAUGGUCACAGGAGGGGAGGACAAGAAGGUUAAUAUGUGGGCUGUUGGCAAGCCAAAUUGCAUAAUGGGCCUGUCAGGGCACACAACCCCAGUAGAAUGUGUGCGCUUUUCUAGUAGUGAAGAGUUAGUUGUUGCUGGUUCUCAGUCUGGAGGACUGAAAAUAUGGGAUUUGGAAGCAGCGAAAAUUGUGAGGACACUAACAGGACACAAAUGCAACAUCAAGAGUUUGGAUUUCCACCCUUAUGGAGAUUUUGUUGCAUCAGGAUCAAUGGACACAAAUUUAAAGCUAUGGGAUGUUAGAAGGAAAGGUUGCAUAUUUACUUACAAGGGACACACUGGGUGCGUGAACAGCAUCAGGUUCAGUCCUGAUGGACGGUGGAUUGCUUCCGCUUCGGAUGAUGGUCUUGCUAAGUUGUGGGAUCUGACAGCUGGGAAGCUUCUUCAUGAUUUUCAAGGUCAUACAGCGGCUGUCAACUGCGUAGAGUUCCACCCUAAUGAAUUCCUCUUCUCAACAGCGAGUAAUGAUAGAACUGUCAAGUUUUGGGAUUUAGAAACAUUCGAGUUGGUUAGCUCUUCAUCGGGAGAAUCAAGUGGAAUCAGGUCAAUAUGUUUCCAUCCAGAGGGCAACCAUAUAUUCACGGGCAGUCAGGAUAUGCUACGUGUCUAUAGCUGGGAGCCAGUACAGUGUUUUGAUAGUGUGUACAUGGGCUGGGGCAAAGUGGCUGAUAUGGCAGUGUCAUCACAACAGAUUAUUGGAGCAUCAUUUAACCAAACUAAUGUUGCUGUCUAUGUGGCUGAUCUUAGUAAAAUAAACACGACGACGGGUGUGAUCCAAGAUGGAGGGGUUCCUGUACCAGAACCACAGCCAAACCCUUGUUCCCCUCCUCUUUCAUCAAGCGGCAGGAAAAAUUUUAAUACAGGAAGACCACAUACUAGUUCAACAAAACCAAGACAACAGCCAGAGAUGAAGAGGUCUGAAGAAGAGUCAUCACCAUCACCUGAGGAUCAAAAAGAAGAUGAAACCUCCUCAACCGCAGAUAUACAAGAUCAAGAUAAUUAUGAGAAAAUAUUUAAACCAAAUUCAACGUUAUCUCGAUCUCCAACACGUAAAGCAGAACCAUUCCCAGCUCCGUUAGAUGAACCCUCCAAGCCUCAAUCCAGUCAGCCACCAUUCACCAGACGAGUUCCAGAUGCCACACCAAUCUCUACCAAGCCUUCAGUAGUGAAAGAAACGCCCACGGCUAAAGUUGCACCGACCCAACCGCAGCCCAGGUACAUUGAAAAGCCAGUAAUGUCAGAGAAAAAAAUGAAGGACACAAUUAUACCUGCCAACAGAGAGAAACCUAUUGGACUAGAUGUUAAUGAAUUCUUACCGGCCAAAUUACAGAAAGACAGCAAGAUAACAUCACCAGUAGAAGCCAAGUCAGAAAGUGAGGUGAUAGAAUCGCUGAACAAAGGACAUGAUUCAAUGUGUGCCGUAAUGAGCAGCAGGAGCAAGAACCUGCAAGUAAUCAAAGCUAUAUGGACCACAGGAGAUACCAAGACUGCUGUUGAAUCUGCAAUAAACAUGAGGGACCAAGCACUUCUUGUAGAUAUACUCAAUGUUCUAUGUUUAAAAAAGUCUUUAUGGACCCUAGAUUUGUGUGUUCUACUUCUACCAAAAAUUAAGGAAAUUUUUAACAGCAAAUAUGAAAAUUACGUUUUGACUAGUUGUACAGCAACAAAACUGAUAUUGAAGAGCUUUUCUGCAUUAAUCAAGACAAACAUUAACUUACCUCCCCAAGGCAUUGAUAUUAUGAGAGAGGAGAGAUACAACAAAUGCAACCAAUGCUACGGUUACUUAAUAACUUUACGCCAACAAGUUGAGGCCAAACAGCUAACAUCAGGAAAGCUUGGAAGCACGUUUAGGGAACUUAAGCUCCUGUUCACACAGCUUGAUUAAUGCCAGCUACUGACGUUCAGUGACAUAAAAAAAUCACAGGUCUGCUACUCACAGUAGGCAUACAGCCAGGAAGUAGCAUUAUGCUUAAUAGCUGUUGUCUGAAACAUAGAUAAAAAAAAUAGGCUAGGCAUAAUAGGAUAGACAUCAAAGGAAAGUACAAGAAAGGGGUAAGAUAUAUAGGCAUGUUGUCUACCAGUGCUACAUUGGUGACUAUACCAGAGUAUAUGGCCUACUGUCACAUAAACACCUGAAUGCAUUCAUUUUCAAGUAUUACAUAUAUUACCAAAGCUUAUAUAAAAUUGUUUUCCUUUCAUCAAUUUUUAUGACAAUUUUCAUAGGGUACAUUUGCACUUGCGACACAUGCCAAGCUUAAUUCAGGCUUGUUAGUAUUGUGGCUCACUUAUCCUCAGAGCAAAAAAAAAGAGGUAACUUCUGUCUGAAGGUUAAUUCUGUGCCGCAAAUCCUAGCUAUUCCAAGAAUUUGAUUCUGAAUACUGAUUGGUCAAAUGUACCGAAGAUCACAGCUAUACAGAUCGCGUCCGAUGUAAGGUCGCGUAGAGUCUCGCAAGCUUUGUUCACUCAGUUUCGAAGCAGUAUCAUAACCGCUUGAUCCUAAAGUUGGUCGGUUUUCAGUUUGUUAUGCUGUGUAAAGAUGGGCACCCAUUGUGGCCGACGGUUGUCAGCCAACGCGAUUCUAUGGAGAACGGCACAAUACGCGCGUAAUGGAUUGUUUUUGAUGAUGAUCUGUUCAGUCUGCCACUGACAAUCAGCAGGCAGCGUCACAGGGAGCGGAGUCGGAUUGGUCGGCCGACACAGUGAGCAACCAGUUUUACUUACGUCUUGUGUUGGUUUACAGGCCUGAACCACUAGCGCAAAAGUGUGGACACCAGUGUACGCGACUACACUGUCAGCCAUGUGACAGCAAAAAAAAUAAUUCUGUUGUGGUUGUCACGCACGUAGUGUUCAGGUUUUGUUUUUUUUUCCCAGUCUACACCCUCAACGAUGGAAAUCAGGAGUCACACAGAAUAUUUUUCUUUCCGUGUUUGGAAAUGGAAAACGAUUCUAUGCUGAGUGACAUGUCGCACUGUCACAUACUCCAUCAUAUUUAUUGUGAAUCGACAUAAAGUAUAAUAGUUUUCAUUUUUUGGUUGCCUUCAUACACCACUUACACGCUCUGUGUAAACAGACCCUAUAUGAACUUUACAGCCAUUGCAGUGUAAGUGACAUAGCAACAGAGGAAACACACAUGGAAAUGAAGAAUGUGUUAUGGCCAUGAAAAAAUCAUCUAAAAAUUCCAAUGGCUUUAAUGUACUGUAAAACCAAGUAAGGAUAAGCUUGUAGGUACAGUAGUAGCGUUUAACACAGAUAUUUAUGUGUGGUAGUUUUAAAAUGACGACUUAGAAGUUUAAAAGGUGAACUUAAUUACCUGUUAAUCACAUAUAUUAUGUUCUCAUUAACUAAAGGCAACUUAAUGCUGUUUACAUGUUGUGAUAGUAUGAAUAUUGGACUAUAUUAAUAUAUAUUUACAUACCUGUAUUAUAAUACUUGAUAAUUAUUAGACUAAAUGACAUCUUUAAAAUUGAUGUAGUGAAAUUCUAUUCAUUACUAACCAAUAUGGUAUAUUGCUAUUUAUUUUUCAUUUUUCACUAGUUUUUUUCAAAUUACAUCAAGAUGUAUGGAGGAUUUGAAGUGAUGUGUGUUAAUUCAUAAGGUAAUUCAUAAUUAAUUUAUUAUCCUUUUAUGUUUUCAAUUGCAAUAAUGAGGUAUCUGUAUAAUAUUAAAAUAAAUCAUAUACGACUGACUCACAGUGUGUAAAAAUGGAACAUUAUGGACUGUCAAUCAAAGUUUACACUGACCAAUCAGAACAUAGCUAAAAAUCCUCACUUGUCUCCCAAAGACAUGUGUGGUCCAACAAACGAAUCACAGUCAUAUGACAAUAUGUAUUCAAUAUGACUUAUCCCUGGUUUUUUAGACCAACAAAAAAAAAAAAAAAAACUCUUGUGUUGGCCAUGUUUUGGGAAAAUCCAAAAAUUGGGUAGGUGGGUAGGAAAAGUUUUUUUAACCAAUAAUGUGUAUAUGCCUAAAUAGUAGAAAAUACACAAAUACAACAAAGACUUUUUAAAAAAUCUAUAUGGAAGAGCAAAAUGAUCGCAUAACACUGUCGCAUUGCCCACCGUUCAGCAACAUAGGCCUAUUUCAGCCUUUUUAGCUCAUUAAAUAAAAUAAAAUGCCGAACCUUAAUUUCGUACAUUUCGGGUCGGUCGGGCAUGGCCAGCACAAUAAUUUUUUCUUUUUAUUUGGCCGUGUGUACAUUUAUGUAUGCUGCCAUUUUAUUGGACCUUAGCAACAAUAUUUAAGGGGUGGGGCUUAAAUGAAAGGUUGCAGAUUUUCCGUCCAUUGAUGUCUACACUUGUUGCAGAUCAAAGAUAGUACUGUAUGUGCAAUCCAAUUCUUGUGAUGGUAAUUUGUUAACAUUGCCACACACAACUGCCUGCAUUCGAUGCUAAUGUAAUAUCUAAUUGUCACUGCUGUGUUAGUCACAAUGGAACUUUAGGUUAACUGUGUGAACACUACUUCAGGGUCAAUUAAUGUUUCAUAUAAUAAAAUAUUAGACUGCUUCAUGCCAACAAAGCGUUGAAGUGCUUCGCAUUAUUACCCCCGAUCACUGGAUCAAGCACAUAAUAGAAAACAUACUCAGCUCCCUGGGGAGAAUUCCAUAACGUUGCAGCUGUAAUCAGUGCAUUUUGUGUUUGAACCUACCAAGUACCCGCUUCUGGGUGGAGAGACAGCCAUAGGUAAUGUGCCUUGCGCAAGGACACAAGCAAAAUGCACAGUGAGUGAUUGAACCUUCGACCUCAAGGAUGAGAAGCAGAACUGAAACCACUGUGCCAGAAAACCACUCCAAUGGUAGGUUUAAACAUAAAAUGUGAUGAUUACCAGAUGCGACAUUAAGAAAUAUUUCCCCAAGGAGCUGAAUAUGUGUUUGAUAGUGUGUUCGAUUCAAUUAAUAUCGUUAAUCCAUGGCACAUCAAAACACCUUAAUGUAUAAUUGAAUGAUACUGCACAGCAAUAACUAAACAUUAAUCAAGAAAGAAAUGUGUACUCUGAAGACACAAUUCCACUUCAACAUCAUGAUUUCUGCUGCGAAAACCGUAAUUGUAUAUUGUUUACUCCUGCGGGGGUGGGGAGAGGUUGAUGUUUUGUAUUCCGAACAAUCUAUAAUGGCCUAAUAAUAGCAAUUCUACUGAUGAUGUACUGUUGUUUUAACAUUAUAUCAACACGUUCCACUAUUCUAAUUUCAUUCCAUGAAUUCAUUAAAACAAUAAAUCAUUUUUUAAAAAUAAAAAUUGCCAUUUAGGUUAUCUUGCUUUCAAUACGCCAUUGUUAAGAAGUUUAUGAAAAGAGAUGAGUUUGCAAUAUAGAGCGUUGAAGAUAAAUUACCAAUUUACAUUAUCGACGACAAUGCUUUUUCUGAAAAGAAAUUUAGCUCUUCCAAUUUUGUAAAUUCAUAUUAUUUCCUAUUAGUGUAUAGCUUUAUGCUAAUAGUCAUUAUAUCUGUUAUCCAUCUUGCUACAAUGCUGAUGUAUUUGUUUUUUUUUAAAUGAUAAUUGGAAAUAUUUCUAUUUAUACUACUUGGUGAUAGGCGCACCAUUGAUAUUGCUCUUCUAAAUAUGCUAUAUGGAUACAAAAUAUAUUUUAUCAAAUUAUUUCAUUGGUGUACAGUUAUUGCAUUAUAUGUAUCAUGAUUCAUCAUAAUAAAUAUUUGUAGAUAUGUUUGUUUAAGUUACACUUUAUAUUCAGAUUUAUUCAAAAACAUUUCACAGGUUUUAUAAUCAAAAUUUAAGACAUGUGAAUUAGGUUGGAAAGAUCAUUUGUCUUUUGUAUAAACGUAAUUUCAUUAUGACGAAUCAUUAUUACUAUAUAUACCAGGCCUACACCAAUAUAAUUUAUGUGGUGGACACUGUGUAUUAAGAUUGUUAACAUUAAUUUCAGUUCACCUCUCAAUUUCAGAACCCUCAAAUUCGAGACCGAUUUUCCAACGUGCAGUAAAACAACAAACUUAAAUUGCAGAAGAAUGAGCUGCUCCGCGUAUUUGUAUUAAAAUAUUGAUGGGACAUCCGCCCUCCUGCGAAUGGGGUAAAAUUUGACUAUUUUACUUUAGUGGAGAAACUACAGAAAACAAAAGAAUCAGAGCGGCGCCUUUAUUAUUGCUAUAUAGCGCAGACGGGGUAAAAUAGCUCUCUGUACACUCACAAUGCCUUUGGAACGGAUGUUCCACUAUUUUGGGAAGCUGCUCUAUCUUCUGCUAUUUAUUAUCUUUGAGUAAAUUAACAAUCUUUAAUCUUUCAACACCAAACUAACCCGUUAGAGACCUUUUGUGGUCUUGAAUUGGAGAGCGAAGUGUAUUUGUAGACUUAAAGCAGUACAAACAAUACCGUGAAUAUUUUGUUUUUCGAGGAGUUGGGCCUUUAUUGCUUUAGGUUGGCCCUAUAUGUUUUUCUGGGGUUGCAUUUAUAGCUUAAGCAUUUUGUUUUCUAUUGAAUGUUGUUUCCUUUUCCAUAUUAAACGAAAGUCGGGCACUCUCCGUCAUAGAACGGUCGUACGACGACGAAUCUAACUUCACUCCUUGUGAGCGCUAUGUGACGCGACGCCAUCUGCUGGUUGUCGGUUGCAGUCUAGUCUGAACAUAGAGAAACUAUUUCUAUAUUCUCUAUGGUCUGAACAGGUCGUCAUUAAAAACGAUCCGUUGUGCGCGCAUCGUUGCAUUCUCCAUGGAAUUGCGUCGGCCGACGGCGUUGCAUUCUCCAUAAAAUCGUAUCGGUAUUGGCCCCAGUGAAUAUCCUUGUGCCCGGCUUUAUUAUUCACAAUGUUUAAUAUGAAUUUCAACUGUGUAUUACAUGCCCAUGGAGGUUUCGCAUGCUAUGUCAAAGUUCAAUUAAUAUAAACCAUCAUUCUAUUCUUAUACACAACGUGUACAUUCACAAAUUUUAUUAAUGUUAUGUUCCCAUUCCGCACAUCAAACUAGAUUAUUUGUUUAUAUUCAUUGAACUUCGACAUAGAACCAUAAGAAUGCUUAAAUCGCAAAUACUGUACUCUCAUAUUAGGAAGCUUUCGAUUUGUGCGACGACGCGAUGCUAGAACGGAAUCACUCAUGCGUAGCCGUUGUACUUGGCAUCUUACGUUCUCUGCAUACGUAGAUUUGGCCAAAUUGCGUUCCAGAAUCUACUCGAGGUGACCUUAACGGUCUCGCAUGCGCAGAUGACUUUUAGUGACGUCAUUACUAUACGUUUUACGUCCAACCGUCGUCGUGCAAUCAAAAGCUCCCUACAGUGUAUAAUUUGAGACUUUUUCAGUUUUAUGUUGUUUUUGUUUUUAACUUCGAGAUUAUAAAAUAUCUAUAAAUAUGUGAAAUUAAAAAGACAGUUGUUUUGAUAAGAGAAGUGUAAGAUAUAAAAAUGUAUAUUUGUGCAUGUAAUAUAGAGACAAUUGGCGUGUCGUAAUUUAAUACGUAUUGGAACAACACCAUUUAUUUCAUACACUAAGCCUAUAUGUUGCAGUUGAUUUAUUUUGACAGUAGUCAUUUCUGAUAAGUUUUGGUAAGCUUGUAUUUCCAUUUUUUUAAAAGUAUUUAUUACCCACACUUAAGUUCUUGCGUGGUAAUGUAAGGAUGAUGUGUUUAUUUGCGGAUGUUCAUUUUUUAUUUUUUUUUUUUUUUCGCUUGAGAGGUUAUGAAAUGGAGACAAAUCUUUGCUGUGAUAAUGACACAAAAAAUAAAAUCAAAGAAUACGAA